AGUGGUAUCAGCUGCUGUUUUUUGUGCUUCUGACUGGUCAGAAGCUCAAUAAUCCUUCUCGCUCCUCUCCCAUCAGACUGCUGAUUCUUGUGGUAGCACAAACAUGGACACAAAUGAUUCAUCACUCAGCUCAACAUCCAUCCUGACCCAGCUGCUUCUCAAUACCACAGCAUUCAUAAACAGCACGGCAACAUCCUUCAGUGCUAUUGAUGGGUGCGACAACCUGAUAGAGGCCGUUCUCUUUGACCUGGCCAUUCAGUGCAUCAAUGUAAUCUUGGGUAUCCCGGCCAACUUACUCGUCAUUGCUAUUCUCAUCCACAAUCGCAAAGAGCCCUCCACUUCAGACAUAUUCUUGGGCUGCUUGGCCUUCAUGGAUGCCUACUUUGGUGCAAUGACCCCCCUGAGCUUUCUUAAUCUCUACCUCUGGAAGCUCAAAGAGGUGUUGUCUGCCAUUAAGUUCUCCUAUGGCGUGAAAGACACCAGCGGUCCGUUGUUCCUCUCCUGCAUCUGCUUGGAUCGCUUUGUAGCUGUACUCUUUCCAAUCGCUUUUGGGCAACUUAAACACUUCAAGUACAGGUUAGGCCUCUCAGUGCUGGUGCUCUGCCUCACCUUUGCCUACUCAGCAGCCAAGAUGGUGGGAGGGCUCCCCAACUUUGAAAAGUUGUUCACCGGUGAGGUACUGGCAACAUUUACUUGGAUGGUGGUGUGUAACGCAAGCAUCCUGUGGGCACUGAAGAAGUCCACCGGUGCAGGGAAAGAUGCAAUGCACCCCAUGAAAAAGAAGGCCUUCAAGAUGGUGCUCUCUAUCCUGUGUAUCAUCGUGUUCAACUACCUGCCACUUGUUGCUCUGUUUCCAUUUGAGGACUACUACUCC